UUCAAAGUCGUCUGUCCGUCCGAUGCUAAGUAAAUGUGAUAAAUAUGCGCGUGGAAGCGCGUGUGAAUUCCGUCGUUUUAACGUCGAAAUCAGGUUUUAACUGUUUUUUUUUGUUCUUCUUCUUGAUAACCCGCAAUGGAUAGUAGCCGUGUUAGAAAGCAUAGUGGGUGUCAAUAUAAAGUGACGGCCAUAUUUGCCGGUGCCGCUGUUGUAAACAAAAAGUGAGAGACAGACGCUUCACUGAAUUUCGGGUCAUUUUUAUUUCUUUAAUUUACAAUGUCUUUGGGAAUGUCUUAUAAACCCAAUGUCCAUCAGCACAUUCCGGGAACUUCUGGGAACCAGGUUGGAAGCCUCCAGUCUCCCUCAGCAGCUAACCUGGCCACGUUGCAGUCCUACAGGCCCCUUCUGAGCGACUAUGGCCCUCCAUCUCUGGGAUUCUCACAGGGCUCCAGUGGCAGCCAAGUGCCUCAGAACAAAUAUGCAGAGCUGCUGGCCAUCAUCGAAGAGCUUGGAAAAGAGAUCAGGCCCACAUAUGCUGGAAGUAAGAGUGCAAUGGAGAGACUGAAAAGAGGAAUAAUCCAUGCCAGAGGGUUGGUGCGUGAAUGCUUGGCUGAGACCGAGAGAAACGCGAGGUCCUAGCUACGGACACACAUUCCUCCGUGCAAGAAGAACUAACAGUGGGCUACUCGUGAAAAAAAAAAACUUGCAUGGCAUUUCCUUCGUGAAGAGGAACUAAAUGAACAAAGGAUGGAAAAGCAAGCUCCUAGCGAGACAAAAAAAAA